CAACGAUUUGGCCCAUAACACACUCCUCCCUUUUUCUUCCUUAACACGACACACUCGCACACUGGACUCAUCGCUGUAUUGAAAGUUGAAACUUCUUCCAUCGACUCCAUCUUCCAAUUUUUCAGCUCCGUUGUCCUUGUGUCAAUUUUGAAUAUCGAGUAUGUCUAGGUCAGUUGAUCUUCCUCCCAAGGGUGGAUUCAGUUUUGAUCUCUGCAGAAGAAACGAGAUGCUUGAAAAGAAGGGUCUUAAGCCCCCUACCUAUUUGAAGACUGGGACGACUAUUGUUGGUUUAGUUUUCCAGGAUGGUGUCAUUCUUGGAGCAGAUACUAGGGCAACUGAAGGACCCAUAGUCGCUGAUAAAAACUGUGAGAAAAUUCAUUAUAUGGCACCCAACAUAUAUUGCUGUGGAGCAGGCACUGCUGCUGAUACAGAGGCAGUGACAGACAUGGUUAGCUCCCAGCUGCAACUACAUCGCUACCAUACUGGUCGAGAAUCAAGAGUUGUUACAGCAUUGACCCUUCUUAAGAGACACCUUUUCAAUUACCAAGGUUAUGUCUCAGCUGCUUUAGUUCUUGGUGGAGUUGAUAUCACUGGACCUCAUUUGCAUACUAUUUAUCCACAUGGGUCAACUGACACCCUCCCAUUUGCAACAAUGGGAUCAGGUUCACUUGCUGCAAUGUCUGUUUUUGAGUCUAAAUACAAGGAAAGCUUGAGUAGAGAUGAAGGAAUAAAACUAGUUGUUGAGGCGAUAUGUGCCGGUAUAUUUAAUGACUUGGGAAGUGGAAGUAAUGUUGAUGUUUGUGUGAUAACCAAGGGACAUAAGGAAUAUCUCAGGAACCACCUCCUGCCUAAUCCUCGCACAUAUGUCAAUCCAAACGGCUUUGAUUUCCCCAAAAAGACUGAGGUUCUCUUAACAAAGAUUACCCCCUUGAAGGAGAAAGUGGAAGUGAUUGAAGGAGAUGCUAUGGAAGAGUAGCAAUUACUUGAAAAUUAAUUGGUGUUCGAGUCUGAAACUUGAUUAGUGCAAUGUUUGUGAUAUUUUAUAAUUGUUCUUCCAGAACAUUGGCUUUUAUUUACCUAAAAUGAUUUCCAUUUCAUUAGAUUCUUGCUAGUUAUUUUCCUAAAAUUUCGUCAUUUGGAAUGUGUUUUCGUCUCAGCUUCCAGUUUUGGCUACCAAAUGCUUAACGUAGCAAAAACAGAAGAAGAAAAAUAGCUAGCAAGACAAAUAGCCGUAGAGCCACCAUUUCCGUUGAUUGAAUGGUAGAAGCACCGAAUUGGAUUUAAGAAACGUCGGUUCCUUUCCGAUAAUUCAGGUGGCACAAGGUGUGCUGGAUUGCUCGCAGAUCUUGGACAGCCCAUUGAUUUGGAUUUUAGUUGACCGUUCAAUAUGUAGCAAUAUAACUAUUACACUCAGCUGUUUCUUAA